AUGUGUCGUCUCCUAGAUGUAUCGCCACAUACCCCCGAUGAUGAACUUUUGGAGGCGAUGGAAUCCGCUUCAGAUUCACUGAGGGACUCGGAGAGGCUGAAAUACAGGGUUCUACAACAACAAGGUCCGCCAAAAUGCGAAAUCAUCUACAAAAUCUAUUGCCACCAUGCCAGAACAGAGAAUCUCUACCUUGACGAGCCCUGGGUGGUAGAGAGCGGCCCAUUCAAUGCUCACCUGAGAGGGAGUCACGCCGUUCCUCAUCUAGAGUUACACCUGGAGAGGAACAAGGAGACCACGUUCAUUGUCUACCGCCGCUUCGAAUGUUGCGGAGUUCCGCCUCCCAAAGACUUCAACUAUCACGGACGUGUGACGAGUCUUCUCGACUCCGAUCCUUCAAGCUUUCUGAAGGCCGAACACAUCAGUCUCAUCUCUGAGGAGCUCUCAGAUAGGCUGAGAGAGGUAGCAGAACGUGUCUUGGUCGGCAUCCCACAUCCCAAAUUCAACAGACAAUUUGAUGACAAGAUUGCUUAUCCGUAUCUCUGGUGGUUUCAUCGUCGACACGACAUUGAAGAGUUUACUGAAACUCUCCCCCAGUCAGAAAAACAGCAUCUAGCUGUAUUUCAGCAGUAUAUACAUGGUCGUUUGGCGAAAGAUUGGGGCAUGGUAGAAUCAUUGCUGGGCAGUGGUAGGAUCACUGCUGAGUACAUCCAAUAUCUUUUCGUACCAAACAAAGUCUUGAUUUCCAAGAUGGAGGGCUCAAAUCAGCACCAACUCAGAGGAGUUAUUGCGACCCAUUGGCUUGAGAUCUUGCCCAGUUCUGCGCAAGGAUUCAAAGCAGUUAUCCCUGUCAGCACCUGGGAGUUCAGGGGCACUUUCCACCAAGUUCAGCAAAAGAUUAUAAUCGACAAGCUUCCAGAAUGUGACGUAGAUGGUUCCUUCGCGGUUUCCGACCUUAUGUCCGUUUACCCGAUAGAGUAUGCCACCUCAGAAACUGUCCAAGCGUUGGAGGAACGUGGAAGAAUGUUCUGGAAGUGUCGGCAUCGCAAUUAUGUGUCCUCUUCUCGAUUCUCGGAUGACAGCUUGAAAGCUUCGCCCGAUUCACGGUUCAUGGUAGACUACCGCACAUACAGUCAAAUGCACCCUAGUGAAGAGCCAAUUAGUGAUGACCACACUGGAUACGAGAUUACGCACGGCGAUUUUGACCAUGACGACAAUGCCUUCUUCAUGUGCCUUCCCACAAGAAUACCGGGAUUCAAUAUGCAAAAGAAGGAAUGGGUCAGUUUGGAUGUGGAAUUCAUCAAUGACGUCGAAUGGAAUGAUCAAGCCUUCGAGCACUUGGUUAUAGAUACGGAGACCAAAGAGUUGGUUAAGGCAGUGGUUACCACUCAGCUAAGGGCCGAAGAGAACACGGAUCUUAUUCGCGGAAAGGGCAAUGGUCUUUUCAUCUUGCUCCAUGGUGGUCCUGGCACAGGGAAAACCUUGACAGCUGAAAGAGUUACAUGUGGGGACAUUGGGACUAAGGCGGAAGAGGUUGAGAAAUACUUGGACACUGUCCUGCUGCUCGGCAAGAUUUGGGGUUGCGUGUUUCUUCGGGUGCUAGAAUAUUACGACGGAAUUCUGAUCUUAACAAGUAACCGGGUUGGGACUUUUGAUGAAGCAUUCAAAUCUCGUAUUCAGCUCAAUCUCAGGUAUAAGAAUCUGAACGAGCAGCAACGCCUUCAGAUUUGGACCAACUUUAUCGACCGUAUUGAGACGCUGGACAGGCAUAGAAUCACUUCUUCAGGUAAUUCCAAGCGUAACGGCAGUUUUCAGCAGGACGUUGGUAUCAACUCGGAGGAAAUUCGUCAGCAUCUCCCAGAGCUUGCGACGGCGAAUCUGAACGGUCGACAGAUUCGAAACGUCAUCUCCACGGCACGACAAUUAGCUGUAUAUCGCAAGAUGCGUCUUGGAUAUGAGCAUAUAGCUUGUGUGAUUGGCGAGGCCAGCAAGUUUGAUGAAUACAUGAAGGAGUUGAGCCAAGGAUAUACGGCGGACGAUAUUAGGAGGGGUAGGAGGGAGCGGUAA